UGCACUCAUGAUGGUGCUUUAAUCUAAGUGGACUUAAAAUACGACGCUGCAAAUGUCCCGGGUAUUUCUAUCUUUUUUUAGGAACAUAAAUCAGGGGUGGCCAAUGGUUGCGUCUGCUUUGUUUUUUGUUCUAGCAAAUUAGGAACUGAAAAACAGUUGCAACCCGUGGGCGAGCGGGGACUGGGGAGAAGAAACGCUGCCGUUGAAAUAAACGCGGCCCGGCCGUAUGAAGGAGGUCCCAGUAAGACCAUUAUACUGGGCCUUGAAAUUACCUAAGACUCAUCAGGGGACCCAGGCUGUCUUGAGAGACAGACCGGUGGACGGACGAUGUGGGAGACACGCAUCUCUCUUGCCCAGCUGCGAUCAUUGGCAUCCUGGGGUCGAGUGGGACUGGAAGGAAAGUAGCAGACGCCCUAAUGAAGAGAAAUGUGCUCGUUUCAGCGAGUGGCCGAGUGAAAAAGACACGCUGCUAAGGAGAAGAGGCGCCCUCUCCUGUGGCCGCUGCAAAGCACCCGGCUGGGUCUCGUCUUGGAAAGUGCUCCCUGACUAAAGCAGGACGAUGUACACAUUUCUGCCGGAGAACUUCACUCCCGUGAAGCAAAAGCCAGCCAAGGAGUUGAAGCCCAUGAUCGUGGCCAUCGUGCUGGGGCUCGUCCUCUUCGUCGCCGCGGUGGUGGCCUGGUGCUACUACGUGGCUUCCCUCCGGAAGGCCGAGAGGCUGAAGACCGAAGAGAUGGACCUCCGGCAGGACGGGUUCACCAUCAAGAAUCAAGAUGGCGAGAUAGUCUUCCGGGUGGCCUUCCAAUCAGGCAUCCUGGACUUGGAGUCCUGCUCUAGGGAAGGGGCCAAUUUGACGUGCACCAGGACAGACAAAGGAAGGCUCAAUUUCUUCAUAAAGAUCGUCACUCCCAAGGACACGGUGAUGUGCUACCGUGUGCGCUGGGAAGAGUUCGUCGCAGACACGGUGGUGGAGCACAAGAUGUUCUGGGGGGACGCCCACUGGUACGGCGGCUGUGAGAUGAGUGUGCAGCACUGGCCGAUCCGGCUGCCGGGCUCCCAGGAGCCCAUGCCGUUUGUGACCAGCGACGUGUACUCGUUCCGGAACAGCUUUGGGGGCAUCCUGGAGAGGUACUGGCUCUCCUCCAAAGCAGCGGCCAUCAAGAUCAAUGACUCUGUGCCCUUUCACCUGGGGUUCAACGCCACGGAAAGGUCCCUCGUCUUCCAAGCCAGGUACAAAGAUUCUCCCUACAAGCCGCCGUUGGGGCAGCAGCCUUUCCCAGAACUGAGCUACCGUGUCUGCAUAGGUUCCGAUGUCACCUCCAUCCACAAAUACAUGGUGCGGAAAUACUUCUACAAGCCUUCUAAGAUACCCUCAAAAAAUGCUUUCAAGUACCCGAUAUGGUCCACCUGGGCCUUGUACAAGAAUGACAUCGAUCAGGAUAAACUGCUGCGGUUUGCAGAAAAGAUUAAAAAAUACAAGUUCAACUGCAGCCACAUCGAAAUAGAUGACACCUACACGCAGGCAUACGGCGACUUUGACUUUGACCCCAUAAAAUUCCCAAAUGUGACGGAAACAUUCAAGAAGCUAAAAGAGGACGGGUUUGAAAUUACACUGUGGACACACCCAUUCAUUAAUUACAACUCCUCCAACUUUGGGGUCGGGAUAGAGAGGCAGCUUUUCAUUAAGGAGCCGACAGGCAGGCUUCCCGCCAUGGUUGCCUGGUGGAACGGCAUUGGCGCCAUUUUGGAUUUCACCAACCCUUCAGCCAGGGAUUGGUUCCAAAGCCACCUGAGGCAGCUCCGCACUAAGUACGGCAUAUCCUCCUUCAAGUUUGAUGCGGGGGAAACCAGCUACCUUCCGAAACAAUUUAGCACAUUCCGCCCCUUGUCAGAUCCCAGCAUUUGGUCCAGGCGCUACACAGAAAUGGCCAUCCCUUUUUAUGAGCUGGCCGAGGUCAGGGUUGGCUACCAGUCUCAAAACAUCUCUUGCUUCUUCCGGAUCAUUGACCGGGAUUCAGUGUGGGGGUAUGAGCUCGGGCUCAAGUCCUUGAUACCUACAGUCUUGACUAUUAGCAUGCUGGGGUAUCCUUUCAUAUCCGCAGACAUGAUUGGCGGAAACUUCUUUCCCAACAAAACCGAUGGUGCGGUGGAAAUCCCAGACCGAGAGCUCUAUAUCCGCUGGCUGGAGCUGUCGGCCUUCAUGCCGUCGAUGCAGUUCUCCAUCCCGCCUUGGCUGUACGACAGAGAGGUCGUCGACAUCGCCCUGAAGUUCACGAGGCUCCACGAGGCCCUCGUGGCUCCCCUCCUGCUGGAGCUGGCCGGGGAGAUCACCGACACGGGGGACCCCAUCAUCCGGCCCAUCUGGUGGAUUUCGCCCGACGACGAGUCUGCGCACAAAAUCGACUCGCAGUUUCUCAUUGGAGACACCCUGAUGGUGGCUCCCGUCUUGGAAAUGGGCAAACAAGAGCGAGACAUCUACAUCCCCGCCGGGAAGUGGCGCAGUUACAAGGGGGAGUUGUUUGAAAAAACACCCACCCUGGUGACAGACUACCCCGUCGAUUUGGACGAAGUGGCCUAUUUCCUGUGGGUGUCCUAACCAACUUCUGCAGCCAGCAGUGUUUAGCUUCAUGGAGUAACCACCGCUUUAUUCUGUGAUUGUAACAAGAAAUAAUUCUAACUGGUGAAGGGGAUGGAAGAGGGAAGAGAACCUGAUCGCACCUUAGUCCUUCAAAUACGUCCCAGAGACCUCACUGUGUGUGAUCUAAAGAUGUUGGUGGAAAGCUAAGGAGGUCACAGGACUUGCACACUGAAGUAUGAGCCUCCAUCUGAAGAUCCCAAAGUCAAGUAUUCCUCGCUCUGUCGCCCGCCCAUGAAUGUAUUUCUUCCAUUUUCUGAAGCGUGGCUUUGGGGCUCUUCUGAGUCACCUCUGAUGAUUACAAAUCCAUCCACCAGGACUUAGUGCCAGCUGCUAGCGAGAGAAUUCAGGCGGGAUCUUUCCACAGUCUUCAGGGAGCUGGUGCCCCACCGUUUUCUCGAGUGUGAGCCAAGGGAAGCUUUGCAAUAUGGGCAAACGGCCCUUCGAGCGCGGGGAUGGGUUUUCUCCAGCCAGGGUUGCUACAGCACAAACAGCCUUAAGUUUUACAAUGCAGUAAGCUAUUAUUUGAAAUAACAUUUUUUCUAAAGAGGAUAUCUUCCAUGAUUAUAAACAGAUAUAUUUAUAUAUGCAUAUAUACAUAUAUAUAUAUACAUACAUAUAUAUAUAUAUCUCACCUUGUCUGAUAUUGGAUGAGGCUGGUAUAUGUCAAAUAAACCAUGCUGCACUCAUGUACGCUGGGUCGGGCAGGCCACUCAGUCCAGCGGCUUCUGAACAGGGUGGCCAGCGUGGCUCAUGGCCUUCCUUCGCUGCUAGCCACCUUCCUGCCGGGCAGUUUUUGGCUAGAAGAAGGACCUCCAAUACAGUUGCCCUCACAGCAACAGGCACGCUUCAGAGGGUAAAGUUGUUGCUUCCCUGGAUGCAUCGCCUGCCGCUGUUUCUCCGCUGGGAUUAGUUUCAAAGAGGGCUUUGCAGCUUCGUCGCCAUCUGAGGAUUUCCUUUCAGCUCAUCAACAGUUCCCGGGAAGUGUCAGGUUUGUCCAGAAAGACUGCAGGCUCUCGCCCAUGGUUCCCAUGAUCCUGUGUGUUUCAGGAGGCAGCUAGGAGGAGGCGCGGGAGGUCGGAGUGUUGCUGUCGGCUAACUAAUAAGACAUGGAAUAAAAACGGUUCUUCCUGCACCAGGGUGCAGUGCCAACCUGA